AACGGUUUAUGUUAUUAAAGAUUAAACUAUAAAAAAAUAGUUAAAAUAAAGCGUUUACAUGAUGCAGUUUUAAAACCGACUGGCGACUUUAAUUCUACAUAUAAACGUAUUAACGUAACAAUACCGCCGAAUAACGAAAUGUGGCCUUAUUGCACUAAAAGAAGAAUAACUAAUAACUGAUGAUAUCUUACUAUAGUACCUAAUCCGCUAUUGAAUUUUUAAAACGCUCUUCUAAACAAUUUACAUAUUUGAUAUACGGCCCUCUUCACUCUCGUACUGACGGUACGAAAUUAUCCAGCGUGAUUGAGCAUACCUUAUUGAAAAACAAACAAUAAAAAGGACACAAUUCAAUAUGGAACCAUUAAGAACAACUAUUGAUGAUUGCACAAUAAAUUCCAAGUAUAAUUAUAUAAUGCACAGUUCUAGAUUUUCAAUCCCACUUAUUAGAUGUGAUGAUCAAGUAUUUAAAAAAAAUGGAAUUAUAAAACAGGAAAAUAUUGAUAGUCGAGUAAUUAAAGAGGAAAUUAUUGAUGAAACUGACCAUCACCAUCAUAAUAUUCAAUUAUUACAAAAAAGAACUAAAACUGAAGAAAACAAAACCACAAUUGAUACCGAAAUUAAAGUAGAAGUAGAUUUUAUCGACAUUCAUGAAUUUAAAGGAACAGUUUUAGGCCAAAGCAACUCUUCAGAAUUCAUUACUAGUAAAAAUUCGAACUUGACAUCUAACUGUUUCAGGAAAACUCCAUUGACUGAUAACUGUGAUAAAAUAACUACAGCAUCCAAUUUAACUGUGCAUACAAGAAUACAUACCAGAAAAGAGUAUAUAUGUGAUAUCUGUGAUCACAUUUGUUCUGUGAAAACAAAUUUAAUAACUCAUAUAAGGACGCAUACUGGACAGAAGCCGUAUAAAUGUGGUAUCUGUGAUCAACGGUUUUCUCAGGGAUCACAUUUAACAACCCAUACAAGGACACAUACUGGACAAAAACCGUUUAAAUGUGGUAUCUGUGAUCAACGGUUUUCUCAGGGAUCACAUUUAACAACCCAUACAAGGACACAUACUGGACAAAAACCGUUUAAAUGUGAUAAUUGUGGUAAGGAGUUUUCUCUCGCAGCAAAUUUAACAAGGCAUAAAAGGACACAUACUGGCGAAAAGCCGUACAAAUGUGAUAUUUGUGAUAAAAGGUUUUCUAUUGCAACAAAUUUAACAAGGCAUACAAGGACACAUACUGGACAAAAGCCGUAUAAAUGUAAUAUUUUUAAACAACGGUUUUCUCAGGGAUCACAUUUAACAAGCCAUACAAAGAUACAUAGCAGAGAAAUGUCAUAUAAAUGUGAUAUUUGUGGUAAGGGGUUUUCUUUUGCAUCAAAUUUAACAAGGCAUAUAAGGUCACAUACUGGCGAAAAGCCGUACAAAUGUGCUAUUUGUGAUAAAGGGUUUUCUAUUGCAACAAAUUUAACAAGGCAUAUAAGGUCACAUACCGGCGAAAUGCCAUAUAAAUGUGAUAUCUGUAAUAAGAAGUUUUUAGCAGCAUACAAUUUAACUGUGCAUACAAGGACACAUACUGGACAAAAGCCUUAUAAAUGUGAUAUUUGUGACAAAGGGUUUUCUCUCGCAGCAAAUUUAACAAGGCAUAAAAGAACACAUACCGGCGAAAAACCGUAUAAAUGUGAUAUUUGUGAACAAGGGUUCUCUCAGGGAUCACAUUUAACAAGGCAUACAAAGACGCAUACUGGAUAAAAAGCUGUUUAAAUUCGAUGUUUGUGAUAAAAUGUUUUCUACAACAUUCAAUUAAACAAUGCAUACAAGGACACAUACUGGACUAAAGCCAAAUAAAUGUGAUUUCUGCGAUAAGAGGCUUACUACAGCAUCCAAUUGUACUAUUGAAUUAUGAUCAAGCUUUUUCUCAGAAAAGAUAUUUAAAAGCUAUAAAAUGCAGUGUUUGUUCCUUAUAAAAAAGAAUUCGUUCUGUUGUUGUUGAUUUGGAAAAUUAAGGAGUUCCUUUUUUAGUUCCAAAUAAAAUAAAAAUUCUUAUUAUUUAAUCAUUAAUGUUUUUUUUCAUAUGCAUACUUCUUCAAUUUUUAAUUUUAAUUUAUAAUUUAUACCUACUGGUUAGUUUGAGAUUUUCUUCAAAAUUAAAUUGUUGACUGACGUAUGCCGAUUGUCUUAUCCUUUAUUGUUGGAAAGUUUUAACAUUGUUGAAAAUUGGCAAGAUAAUUAUUCACUUGAGAUACACAGAGAAAAAACUAAUUAUAUUCACUUUGGUAUUCAAAAAUCUAUACAUUUAGAUAAAUAUAAAAUCCAUAGCUCAUACUAAUAGUUUGUAACAGAAGUAAUUUUAAAAAUAAUGUAUGUAAAUGUAGUGUAUAGAAUAGAGUUAGGUCUAUUAAAUACCUUGGUUAAUUUAUUGAUGAGAAUUUAAAAUGGGAUGUUCACAUAAAUUAUAUUAAUAUAUUACUAAGAAAAUUUUUUUAUUUUUACAAAUCUCUUAAAUCUAUAUUUAACCUCAAAUUAAAAAAUGACAUACAUUGCUCUAAAUUCUAAUACAAUCUAUUCUUUCUUAUAAAAUUUCUUUUUGGGGAGGAACUUAUCAUGCUCACUAUAGGAAUCUUGUAACCACUUUAAAUUAUUUAAUGAAGUUUAUUUUCAAUAAGCCUACAUUAUUUCCUACAAUUACAACAAUAUAAAGAUUUAGAGAUAUUAAAUUUAAAAUCAUUAUACACAAAAAACAUUUUUAUGUUAUUUUAUAAUUUCAAACAUUGAAAACAACCAUUGAUGUUCCAUGUAACAUCUACAAUACUCGCUUUAAGGUCAAUACUACCUAAUAUCAUCGUCCCUAAAAUUAAUACUGUAUUUGGGCAACAAAGCCCUAAAUAUAAGUUUAUUCAAUUUUGUAUUUAUGAUAAUUUCAAUAUUCAUAAUUUUAAUAGUUUCAUAAUGUAUAAAACAUAUAUAACUAAUAUUUUGUGUCAAUAACUGUUAUGUUUAGUUUUUUUUCUCUUUACUUAUACCUACUUAAAUUCAAAUAAUAAUUCAUAAUGUAUAAAAAUGUAUAACCAGUUUUGUUUCAGUAACUGUUAUGCUUAGUUUCUUUCUUCUUACUUAUAUUUAAAUUUAAAUAACUAUAUUAACUAUUAUUAUGUAAAAUGAUGACGACUUAAGACUACUUGUAUCACAAACUUCCUCUUUUCAGCGCAAGCUUGCUUUUGAUAGGAGAACCAAUGCUUUAAAUAUUCUUUGUACUUUUAUUUAUUUAUCUUAUAAUUGUAAUUGGUGUCUAAUAAAUAUUAUUAUUAAUAAUAAUUAUAUUUUAUAUAGGUAAUCAUUUCUAUAUAAAUUAUAAUUUAAAACUUUAAGAAAUACCAGAGGAAAACAUUUAAAAGCAUUGUAUUUGUAUUCUAGUAAUCUACCACUCUAAAGUUGUAUAAUAUAAGGAAAACAUUUUUCAAAAAAAAAUUCAGGCUUUAGAGGGUUAAUAAAGUGACUGAUGAGUAACGAUUAACGUCGAUACUCGAUAACGAUCACUAAUAGGCAAUAUACAUUAUACACAUUAAAAAAAAUAUAUCUUAAUUUCAAUUAUUUACAUAUCUGUGUAAAUUAUUGGAACUAGAAAGGAACGAGAAAUGUUAUUAUAAAUUCUUGAAAAAAGAACUUCAUUUUCUCAUUUUUUUUUUAUAAAAAAGGAAUUGUUCCAGGAAUCCGUUCCUUUUGGAACUUGUUUCCUUCCAAACACUGAU